AUGGGCGAGCUGUGUGGCGUCUGUAAUCAAGAGCCGUCGAAGUACAAAUGUCCGUCUCAAGGUUGCCGGUUGAGAUAUUGCUCCCUCCCAUGCUAUAAAGUCCAUAAGGAGACUCACACGCUUGGUGAAACUAAGCCGACGGAAUCUUCUAGUCUAGCUAUUGCUUCAGCUACAUCAGAGAAAAGGCCUCCGUCUCCGACUCUUCAAGACCCGUUAGAUCGUCUCCAAGCCCACCCAGAAUUCCAGCGCCUCUUCGCGCGUUAUCCAAGGCUUCCCUCUCAGCUUCAAGACAUCUACCGACGCAGUCUCCCGCCAUCUUCACCUGGCUCUCUGUACCGUGCUCCGGGAGCUAGAGGCCGUGGUCGAGGCGGUAGGUUCGGACAGAGAUCCAAUGAUCGGAACCAGGCUUCGGAGUGGUCGCCGGAGAAUGGAGACGUCUCUGCGUUGAAGGGGUUUAAGAACUUGCUUCGGAGUUCGGAUCGCGAUGCGGAAGGUCUGGAGGAGUUUGUCGAGCUGGUGAAGAUGACUCAGGAGAGGGGUUGA